AGUUAGUUGUAAAACAUAACGGAGACGUUUGAAAGUUUUAACGACCAGAACAGGCGCAUAUAUUUGUACGGAAAAUAAUCUGUAUCACAGCGGAGCGAACAGACACCCGUGAUGUCACGCCGCGUGCAUUUGUCACAUAUUUUCUAUUCAUUCCUCUAAAACCUGAGUACAUCGAAACAAGUCCAUUGUGGGAGUCGCGCGAGACUCGCCAACACCACGCCUAACCAAUCGCUAGGAACCAUUCAUAACUAAUAUCAUGCCAUCACUAACCAAAUACUGUUAUUCCCUUAUGCUGGCCAGGACUCACUAAAGCCCAAAUAUGUCCCGAGGACAAUAUGGACAGCUUGAAUUAUUUCGAUAGUCUGAAUUAUCAGAAUCUGGACUAUCGAAGUAAAAACCCCUACGCCAUACCCGCGAAUCUAAAUCAUAAUAUAAUACCGGAGUACUUUGGCCGCGCACCGCCGAGUGUCCCGCCGCGCGCGCCCGCCGGCAGGCACGCGGACCUGCCGCAGCAGAAGCCGACGGCUGUGAAGGAAAAUCAAAAGCCCCUAGCGUUCACCAUAGACAUGAAGAAACCGGUCUCUAAGGUUUUCACCAGGCUGUUCCCGACGCCCGCAGACGAAAAGGAACCGCCCAAACUACCGCCGAGGAAUUUCCAUUUGAACCUAAACGAGAAGCCUCAGCUGAAAAGUCCCAAGCCCAACGCUCGGAGUAUAUUCAAAAAUUACAAAUCCUGUCCAGUGUCGCCGGUGUCCGAGGAGUGCAAGUGGGCGGAUAAAGUGGAACAGAGUCAGGGCAAGGGCAACGACACAGACAGGCAGAGAGCGGACGCCAAGAAGAGGAACUCGCUGAGCUUCUUCGUUGGUCUGGAUAAAGCGAAAGACAGCAGGAGCAUUGUGGACACUAUAAAGAGUGACACGGAGAAAAUGAUAGCGGAAAUAACGAGGAAGUACGGAGAUCUAGACGAGUACGAACCGGGGCUGCAUGAGGACUUAGAUCUGCAGCCGACCAAGGAGGUCGACGAUAAGGACGACGGAAACUUCUCGUCAGACUCACUAGAGGACUGCAGUCUCAGUCAGGACGUUAGCUGCAAAAAUAAACUUCUGUCCAAGAAGAUAUGUAAGAAACAUAACAAAGCGAGAGGCGGCCUGCCGAGGCGAGCCGUGUCCAACUAUGAAAUAUAUGGCGCGUACGAUCAGCCAGCGGGUCCCUUGAGACUCGGCGGGUCGGAGAAGAGUUCGACGUUGCCGCGUAACAUGCCGUCGAAUCUAGACAACAUCGUAGAUGAAGACGCGAACCUCACUUGUGCGAUGUACAGGUGUCAGAGCGUGCUGACCAAGCGAUGCGUCACCAGGUCGAACGAGUCGGUCCUCAGCGAUCAUUCUAACUGCUCGAGUGUUUCCAACGAGAUAUUCCUCAAGUACGGCAACGAAGCCUCCUUCCAGCAAGCCAAGUUCGCAGACAGCCGAUACAAUCUGAACGGUUCUCAGAACUGUUCGUUCGAGAACCUCAACGAACCGGACAUGAGUUACUUGGAGAACCACAGACACAGCAGCGCCAGUUUCUUCCUGAAUCAGAAGAAAUAUAUGAAAAACAGCUGCAGCCAGGAGUCCGUGCUGUCCGACGAAUAUCUGGACAACGACAUGCAGAUGUCGCGGACCAACUGCAACUCAUUGGAGAGUGUUCUCUCCGACGACUCCGAAUGCACGAAGAGCGCGCCUCUAGAAAUGUUGUUCGAGGCCGCGAAACCAGGCCGUCAUAAAAAUAAAUGUGCUGGAGUGACCAACAGCCAAAGUUGCUACGAAUUCGACAAUCAAUCGAAGAGUUACGGCUCCAGUCCGAAUAAUGUUCAGUAUUUGACCGGAUAUAUGUACAAUAAUUACUUCCAAGAACCUUCUAGUCCGCGGGCGGAUUACAAAGAACCCAAUACGGUGGUAGCGUCUAAACCUCCGAUAAACAAAGUCUACGGCUUCGACAUACCGACAGGAGAAUUCUCAGGACAUAAAACAGUCACUCGCUCUAAAAGCUUAUACGAUUCGUCGUCGAAGCAACCUCCGCCAGCAAAAAAUAUAGCGUAUUACUUCGACGGGAACAACAUACAGCAAUAUAAAGCGGAAACUAAAAAAGACGAGAUACCACGAUUGAGUAAAGUAGACGAGAUUCCUCGGCUGAAUAGAGUCGACUAUAUGGCGAGCACCAGCAAGUCACUUCAACCGAAAUUCGCUGAUAAACACAAGUACAGGAGUGAAAUGGAAGGCUGUGACAACAAUGCGAUGGUGAAGUCUAAGAGCUGCAGCUUCGAGGUGGUGCUGGAACCGGCCUCGAAGCCGAAUCCCUUGAAGAAUUUAAUGGAAAAACGAAAUUCACACGUCAAGAAAAAUCUACAGAAGUUCGAGGAACAAAUACGAAAGAGCUCUCAGAGUAAAGUUAGUAAAAACCAGCUCAAUAAAGAAAAGGCUAACGUAGCCAAAUAUAACAAUGCCACGAAAAGCCUGGAGAGGGAUUCCGGACAAAAGAUCGGCUACACUAAAAUAACUAUGGAAUUCGUACCGCACAAGCCGCCCAAGCCGAUCAAGAGAACGUCUUCUGUUAAAAUGAAUAACCGACUGAAGGCUGGCUUAGAAAAAUCUACCUACAGCUCGUCCAUAUCCUCACAGUACAAAGCGAAGUUAGAUGGUUUACAGAACAAGAACUACAUCUCGAACAGGAAACAGGAAGACAAGAAUUCCAACGUCGAAGACCCUUCGGACAGCACGGAGAGAACGUUCGACGUAUUCGUCAAGGAGAAAGAUAUUAACGAAAAUAGAUCCGAGAUACAAAUGGACAGCUUGGAAGUUUAUGCGAUGCAGAGAAUAGAAAGGAUGAAUCAGGUGAGCAUGGACUCCCUGGACGUCAUAGAAGACAAUCACGACUUCGCCAAAGACUCGUUGGACUACUACGGAGACCAAGAUAACAAAUAUUAUAAUAAGGUCGUUAAAGACAAAUCUAAUAUUAAUUACGUCAAAAAUGAAUUAGACAAGCCCUGCAACAGCGGGCACCACAUCGCGUCCAAAGAAAACAUAGCGCCGGGAUUCAGCGACGAGGUGAAGAAGUUUAAAUACAUCGAACGCAAGCUGGAGAUCAUAAACAAGCUUGUGGAGAUGGAGGAGCGGAAGAUACUGCAGGAGAAGGUGUUAAAAGAGUUCAGGAUGAGGCCACUGAGAGCUAACAUCAACGACGGGAAGGGCGUCGUUAAAGUACUGUCCAGGAAAUUCGAAAAAUUGGCGACAAAACAGAGUACCGUGCCAAAUUUUGCAUCGCUGACCCUAGAGGAAGCCGAUACGGACACCGAGAACUCGGAUAACAAAGAAAUCAAACGGAAUUUAAGUCUUCCCGAUAUCUUGGACAUGGAUCAGAUCGGUCUGACGGUAGGCGGAGUGGACGUCUCCAACGAGGCCGGUAACACCAACCUGGACGUGGAAGAAGAGGUCCCGGAAACAAAACUAAAUAAUACAUUCCAAAACGUAGCGAGGCCUCUGAAACCACUGACGCACAGAGUUUACAACGAAAUGGUCAUACCCAAGACGGACGUGCACCUGGACAGCGAGAACUACGAGUCGUCCACCACCAGCUCCAGCUGCACGAACUCGCCUAAACGUAUAUCUAUAUACGGGUUCAACCGACCGAAGACCCCGUUCAGGAAAAUAUUAAGGGCUCCGACGCCUCGCGUGUGUUCAGAGACUCCGUGUUAUAGAAUGAGGCCGAUGUUGUCAGGGCCUGGCGUCAGGGGUCUGUUCCGUAAGCUCCCCGCAACACCCGUCCUGCCUUCGAAAUUCUCUCCACUAACAGGUUGGCUCGCAUGGUUAGAUGUCGUAUUGUGUAGCGCCUUCUUAUUUAGUUCCUAGCGCGUCACACCCAGGUCUUGGAAGUGUAGUGAUGUACCGCCUUCCAUCACAACACGUCACAGAUCACCGCCUCGUUUUUGCGGAGCAUGUUUUUGGUUCAUUAUUUUUAUUUUGCACGAAUUGUCAGUUUUCGUUAGUUUGUUAUCCGAUAUCUUAUAAACGCAUGUGUAAC